UAUUCAUUAGUCACCAACUAUGUACGCAAGUAUAUAAACAAGAGAAAAAUAGCAGAGGGGUUGUUUGGUGGGCGAAUAAAAAAAGAUGGCACUGAGACUGUGGGCAUCAAGGUCUGCUUCGUACCUCAAGAUCUCAACUUUCAACAGAGCCUUUGCUACUGUCGUGAAAGAUCUGAAGUAUGCUGACUCACACGAAUGGGUGAAGGUCCAAGGAAAUUCUGCUACUGUAGGCAUCACUGACCAUGCCCAAGAUCAUUUAGGGGAUGUAGUGUAUGUUGAAUUACCCGAAGUUGGAACUGAUGUUACACAGGGAAACAGCUUUGGUGCAGUUGAAAGUGUCAAGGCCACCAGCGACAUCAAUUCUCCUGUUUCUGGAAAGGUGGUUGAGGUCAAUGAAGAGCUCAAUGACUCUCCUGCUUUGGUGAACGCCAGCCCUUAUGAAAAAGGAUGGAUUAUAAAGGUCGAAUUGAGCAACAAUGAUGAAUUGAAAUCCUUAAUGGAUUCAGACGGAUACUCUAAGUUCUGCGAUGAAGAAGAUGCAAAGCAUUAGUGAUCCAUGCCGCCGGCAAAAGCGGCUUUUCCUCAAAUCAUGUUGCACGUCAGCUCGAGUAUAAGUUGGAGGAAUGCAUUUUUGCAUCUGUUUUCUUGAUUAGUUUUAGCUGCAUUCCUCUUCUACGAGCAAAUGCUUUAUUGUUGGAUUUUCCCCCCUAAGAAUAUUAUACUUGAUUUUGCAUUCC